AUGUCCGCCUGCUCCCGCCUUUCGGCGCAACUCUGCCCUCCUCGCGGCAUAUUUUGGCCCCUUGAGUUUAUCGAGCUCUCCUCGCGCAAGGAUGACUCUUCUGACGCCCACUCCGAUCAUUUGCCUCCAAGCCAUGUCGUUGCUCAGGCCCACUCUCGUUUCGAGCACUUGUACCUCCACCGCGAUGAUGUUGGCGCUGGGGUCCCCUUUGGGUGCAUCGUGACAGCUGACGACGAGAUUGCCACUGGUGUUUCGUCCUCCUCGGGCAAGCGGGGAGUGUCGGCCGACGAAAAGAAGCAGCGCAUGCUCGGCAUGUUUCACGCUUCGCGUGCAGUGUACACCAUGAAGGACAUCGAACGCGACGCGCCCAAGCUCGGCAUCAUCUCCAACGCAGUCAAGGACGUGCUCAAGGAGCUCGUGUGCGACGACCUCGUGCACGAGGAGAAG